AUUUAUAUUAUUCAUCAAAGUUAUUUGAUGUAUUUUCAUUUUCAAAAUGAUUCGAAAUGCUUUCUGGCUUCGGAGUGUGUAUUUUAUCCCCUCCAUUUUUUACUCUCGAUGAAUGUCGUCUGCAUGUGUUUUCAAUCUUGGGCAGCUGUUGUAAGUUGUGACCACGCGGCCGCGACUGUCAUUUCGAAACUUCGUUUUUUUGUUCAUUUGUUUAGUUUUAAUUGUUAAUUGUAAAUUAGUCCAAAAUGACAGGUGAUACUUUGGAAAGACGUGAACGUCUGUCUUAUGCAGACAAAAUAAUUAUGGCUCCUAUGGUGCGAAUAGGUACUUUACCUAUGAGAUUGUUGGCUCUGGAAUAUGGUGCUGAUAUUGUUUACACUGAAGAACUUAUUGACUGGAAGCUUUUACGAUCCACGAGAAAAGUCAAUGACGUUUUAAAGACAAUUGAUUACAUUGAUAAAACCGAUGGAACAAUUAUAUUUCGUACCAGUCCACUAGAAAGAUCAAAAGUUGUUCUGCAACUUGGUACAAGCGAUGCUAAACGGGCCCUGACAGUUGCAAAACUUGUUGAAAAUGAUGUCGCAGGUAUCGACAUUAACAUGGGUUGUCCCAAAAAAUUUUCAAUACUUGGAGGUAUGGGUGCUGCUUUACUCAAACAACCAGAAAAAGCUGCAGAUAUAUUAAAGACUCUAGUCGAUGGAUUGAGCAUUCCUGUAACGUGUAAAGUUAGAGUUUUUGAGGAUGUAGAAAAAAGUAUUGAACUGUGCAAAAAAUUAGCUGCAACAGGCAUUUCAGCAAUAGCUGUUCAUGGUAGAACUCCAGAUGAAAGACCUCAACAUAGAAAUAGAAAUGAGACCUUAAAAAAAAUUUGCGCAAGUAUGGAUAUACCUGUCAUUGCUAAUGGUGGUUCAAAGGAAAUUGAAAAGUAUAAAGAUAUACUACAAUUUAAAAAAGACACAGGCUGUAGUAGUGUUAUGAUAGCACGAGCAGCUGAGUGGAAUUGUUCAAUAUUUAGGUCAGCAGGUUUGUUGCCAAUUGAUGAAGUAAUCAAAUCAUACUUAAAACUUGCAUGUGAUUACGAUAACUCACCAAGCAAUACGAAAUAUUGCAUACAAAACAUACUCAGAGAAUUACAAGAGACACCUCUUGGAAAACGAUUUUUGGAUACUCAAACUCUUGAACAAAUAUGUGAGCUCUGGGAUAUGGGCGAUUACUGUCGUGCUAAGGCUAAAGAAUUUAGCUCGCUUGGUUACACUGGUAGGUUCGACGUAGUUCCUGAGAGGCUAAGCCAGCUGGGAGGUGGCGCAGCAAAACGAAAACUCGAAGAGGAAGCCGGAGAUGUUUUGUUGAUGCGAUGUAAAUUUAUUAGAAAUAGUUAUCCCGAUGACCAAAGUCUACCGAAAAGUCAACUAAAUAAAUGGACACGAGAAAAUAGAAAAAAAUUGCCAUCAUAUACGUCGAUUAAUGAAGAUAAAUUGUUCAGAGCUAUUGUUGUAGUAGAUGGGAAAAAAUACGGUUCAACGUUUUGGGAAAAAAGCAAAAAAUGGGCUGAACAAGGUGCUGCUCUAGUUGGUUUAUGUGCAUUAGGAGUCAUCGAUGAAGCAACUUUAACUAAUGAUGGAAACCUUCUUAGUUGACGUGUUCGUGAAAAUAAUUAGUUUUAAGUAUUUAUAUGAAAUAUGCUUCAAUUAUUUUUGGAGUCAUUUUGUACAAAAGAAGUAUCAUACAAUAUUUUACAAAGCUGUUAUCUGUUCUGAAAGAUUUAAUAUUAUAAUAUUAAAUUACUUUUAUAAACAAUUCA